AUUAACGUAAAGUCUUUGGCGAAAUUCAGUAGAAGGGAAAUUUGCUUGCAGGAGUGAAUGUUUGUUGCGUAUUUGUAAAGCAGCAGUUACACGGGUUUUUAAAGUUGGAAUGGCUUCAGCUAUGGAUGUUGACGAUGAGGAGGUAGAUUUCGCAGCAUCCAGCAGCACAAAGGGAGAAAAGAAACGUUUUGAAGUAAAGAAGUGGAAUGCUGUCGCGCUCUGGGCAUGGGAUAUCGUCGUCGAUAACUGUGCAAUUUGCCGGAACCAUAUAAUGGAUUUGUGUAUCGAGUGCCAGGCUAAUCAGGCGUCAGCCACCAGCGAAGAGUGCACAGUAGCAUGGGGAGUCUGUAAUCAUGCAUUCCAUUUCCACUGUAUCUCACGCUGGCUCAAGACAAGGCAGGUCUGCCCACUGGAUAACAGAGAGUGGGAAUUCCAGAAGUAUGGCCACUGAUGACUGACAAAGUUGUAUGUACAUCAGUUCAUCGAAGCACUGACAACGCCUGGAUUACAUCAGCUGCCAGUGUUUCCAGUGGGAAAAAAGCAGAUGUUGUCUAAUACAUUUUUAAAUUUCUGAAAUAUAUCUUUCUCCUUAAUUGUUAUUAAUUAGUACUGAAUGUAAACAAAAUUUAUAUGAUUGUCAUGAUGUAUCUUGAACUAUUUAUUGUUAUUUAGAUGGUGAUGUUAAGCUUUCAAAUUUAUUUCUAGUUUUACUGGCCAUUAAAACUUUAUAAGAAGUUGCCAACCAAUUUCAUAGUAGUACUAAGAAAGGUAUUUAAAUGUAGUACGCAUAGCUAUUGGUCAGUGCUUCUUUGGGACUGCUACGUGACAUACCUGCCUAUUAUGCUGAUCCUCCAAUCAUCAUCAUCAUCAUCAUCAUCAUCAUCAUCAUAUCCAUCUCCAUGAUCAUGAUCACCACCACAACCACCUACAUUAUCACACCCUCCUUGUCACCACCACCACUACUACUACUAUUUGGUAUUGUUUAUCAUAAUUGUUUAAUGUACAGUUUUGCAUAGUGAAUGAAAUUCCUAAGUUUUGAUAGUCAAUAAUGUUAUUAUUAUUUGCAAUAACAGCACAUUUUUCAUUAUGGAAGUUUUGUAUUGGAAUUAAAAAAAGAUCUGCCAACA